GCCCCCAUCCUUUUCAUAUGGGGUCCCCCUGUCUAUGUACAGUUACUCUGCUGAAACUUAAUACUUUUCAGUUCCAAGAUGAUUUAACAUAUUUAAUUUAUUUAGCACUUUUUGUUAUCCUUAACUUCCAGAAUGGAAGUUUACAGUGCCCUACUUGCAAAGCAAUUCAUGGUAUUAAGCUUGGCAAUCAACCGACCAGUGGUCGUAUGGACAUACAGCACUCGCACAGAAGCCUUCCUGGCCACCCUGACUGUGGAAUGAUCACGAUUGGACCAGAACAUCCCAAUCCAGGAAGUAGAUUUAAUGCAAGGGGAUUCCCAAGAACUUGCUUUCUUCCUGAUAGCCAAAAAGGAAAAAAGGUUUUAGAGCUUUUAAAGAAAGCUUGGCAGAGGAGGCUCAUUUUCACCAUUGGUACAUCUUCUACAACUGGGGAAGAAGACACGGUGGUUUGGAAUGAGAUUCAUCACAAAACAGAAGCAUUUUCAAACCAUAUGGGUCAUGGCUAUCCUGACCCUAACUAUUUGGACAAUGUCCUUGCUGAGCUGGCAGCACAAGGUGUGGAAUCUGAUGAUGGUUAAGAGGAAAUAUCAGUGAGGAUUCAAAGUCUUAAAAAUUCGAGGGAACUUUAGAGGAAAUUGUGUACUGUAAAUUAAGUUAUUUCAGUAUUUAGCAGCUAUGAAAUGUUCAUAGGAAUAGACUAUAGAGAAGGUGUUUGUGUUUUGUUAAUGGUUUCUAGGAUGGAAACAUUUCUGGGCUUAACUUUUGUCCAUGCAUCUAGGUGCCUUGAUCUUGUAGACUAGAGAGACUACAUCAGUCUAUUGUGACAUAGAGAGUGUAAGCAGAACUCACAUUUUGCUUGCUUUCUAUAACAUCCUAGAGAGAUCUGAAAAUAACAGGCCUCAUUACUUUAAAAAAUAAAAAUAAAUAUCUUAAUUGACCACUCCCCCAAUGGGGCUUGUCCAGGUCAAUGAAAGCAAAUGAUGAAACAAAUAAUUCAAAUGAACAUAACAUGGUUAAAAAUCCCAACUGGGGGGAAGCAGAACAGUUGCCUAUUUCCAAGCAUGACCGAGGAGUUGAACUAGGGUCUAUCAAGAAACAACUCUAGCUUUGUGGUCAGAGGGGGACUUGAACACAAGACCUCUAGAUUUUAAGUCUGGUGCCCUGACCACUCAGCCACGUUGCCUCCUUAAAUUGUCCUUUCAGAUUUAGCAGCCACUUGCUUCCCAUCACUACUUUCAGAGAUUCACAACUGUUCAAGAGUUCAUUACAUUUAAGUAGCUUAAACAUGUGCCACACGUAGGGCCCUGAUCUAUAUUAACAAGGUGAAAAUGUUUUCAAUAAAAUUCAGUCACAGUGAGGAAUCACAACAGAGCA